AUGUUACCACAUCCAUUAAAAACAUUUAUUAAAAAAUCAUAUGAACGAAAAAAGAAUUUAUUUUCAACAUUUUUUGGUUUUGUUAUGUCUGGAAUUGUUUUACAAUUAGCUGAUCGACAUUGCGAUAAUAUCAUGCUCAUUGAUGAUGGUAAAAUACUACAUAUUGAUUUUGGUUGUGCAUUCGGUCAAAAGACAAAAUUUGAACGAUUACAUGGACUUUUUAUGGAUAUACCACAUUCACCAUUUAGUGAAGAAAUUUUUAUUCGUAAGAACUUUUUUAGUUAA